UUCGAAAUUUACUGAUACGGAACCCGUUCGGCAUUCUGAUAACUAUUUUCAUAUGCGGUUAUCAAGUCAUCCUGUCACGCCUUUAGACUCAGCUUCAAAAUGGGAUAAAAUGAUACGAGAUUAAGAUAGCAUUUCAAUGUUAGAAACACAAGUCAGUUAUUGUCAUGCAGUCUGAUUUUUCCAAGUGCAUUUUGUUGCUGAUUUUCUUGACAUUAACCAUGGUUGCCUUUAUUUUAAUUUUCAACGAAAUAGUCGGGGGUAAAUACUCAACGCCGUGUGACUCCCACGAAACAUUUUUCGAAGAACAGUGUCUUCGCAUUGGCAGUUCCGAUAGUUGUCCAAGAAACAUGGCCCUUUUUAACGGACCCAACAACCGAGGAUUUUGUGACUGCUGGGUCCUAGAUGAUAAGCCAGCAUUUUAUUCAAACGAAACUGGCGAAUGUUCGUUGCACAACACUCAGGGUCCCUGCUCCCAUGGUGAAUGGUUUGUACUGAAAAAUGGUACUCCCGAAUGCCAACCCGUUCCAGAAGGAUGCCCAGCUAACGGAAGAUAUUUCUACGGAACUCCAAACGAAACGAUGGCCAAUCAGUGUUGGGAAUUAUUGACACAAGGACCUUGUCGCAAAGGUCAAGUUUUAAAAGUCAAAGAAGGCCUAGACUUAGAGAUAGUUUGCGAUUAUCGCCACGAUGAUUCCAAGAAUGCUGUAUCCGCUGGAAUGCUGGGCAAAUGCCGACCGGGUACUCUACGUGCACGUUCCGGACAUUGUUCUGGUGUAUUCCGCUUCGGUUAGAUCUACAACAACAAAAAAAGUGUUGCGUCAGCAACCAAAAUCAUUUUUAAAUUCAAUUCUUUUUUAAAAUAACUAUGUAACACAAAUCAACAGAUGGUGUAAAUAAACAAUAAUUGCCCAUGGCCUUUAAUUCA